AUGUACGUGGUCAUUCAAGACCGGUCAUAUAAACUGCAGCGGAAAGCGUGGGUGCCCAAAAAGAAGCCAGCUGAUCCUAUAAUGGAGAAUGUCACUCUAGAACCGGAACUGGAGGAGGCUCUCGCCAACGCUACUGAUGCAGAGCUGUGUGACAUUGCAGCCAUCCUCGGAAUGCACACGCUGAUGAGUAACCAGCAGUAUUAUGAAGCACUUGCCAGCAGCACCAUAGUCAACAAAGAAGGCUUGAACAGUGUAAUUCAGUCUCCUCGGUACAAAACGGUCCCUGAUGAAGAUCCAAACUCAACCGAUGUAGAAGAAACCCUUGAAAGGAUGAAAAACAAUGACCCGGACCUUCUGGAGGUCAACCUUAACAACAUUAAGAACAUUCCUGUGCCGACAUUAAAAGCCUACGCCGAAGCUCUGAAAAGCAACAGCUACGUUCAAAAGCUGAGCAUAGUGGGAACCAGGAGUAACGACCCUAUAGCAUUUGCUCUGGCUGAAAUGUUAAAAGUUAACAACACUCUAAAAUGUCUCAAUGUGGAGUCAAACUUCAUCACAGGAAAUGGAAUUAUUUCUUUAGUAGAAGCUCUCCAAUGCAACACAUCUCUUAUUGAAUUAAAAAUUGACAAUCAGAGUCAGCAGCUUGGUAACAAGGUGGAAAUGGAGAUUGCAAGCAUGCUGGAGAAAAACACCACACUGCUGAAAUUCGGCUACCAUUUCACCCAGCAAGGGCCUCGGCUUCGGGGGUCCAACGCCAUGAUGAACAAUAACGACCUUGCUCGCAUGAAUCGAUGUGAUGGUCCCUGGCAUAACUUUUCAGCUGUGGAACUAGAAGUGGAUUGCGGAAGAGAAGACUCGAAGGAAUAAAUGGUCCCAUCUUCCCUAAGUGCCGGAUAAACAUGUAAACGCAGUGGAAGUAGAGAGCUUGGCUUCAUAGACAAAAUAUUGCAUCCUAACUGACUGUGCUCUACUGUGGAAAUCCAAAGGAAGACUUGCCUUCACAAAAUACUCAUGGCGCUCCUUGUGUUUUGCAGUAUAAUGCACAGAUUUAAAUUUGUAGCAGAAGGUUCCUUUUCUAAAAGAUUGCGUAAUGCCUGAUUUUUCAGAUCACAAACAAGUAAAUCAAAAUCAAACCAGGUUUCCCUUUUUGGAAAACAUGCACCUGGAACCUUUCCACCAGUCAGUAUUUGACAGGUAACUAUUCUAUGAUGAAGCCAUAGAGUUAUGGUUAGAUUAUUGUGUGAAUUAAAAAGUUUGUGAUAUGCAUGAGCAAACAACUAUUGUGGAAAUAUAAAACACUUUGAACCUGGUUCCCCUCACAAACUGUUGUUUGAAUAACAUAAACUAUAUAUACUACUAGAUAGAAAAUACACUUGAUUUAUUAUGUUCAAUCACAAACCCUGUGAAACCGUGUAGGCCAUUUUGCUUAACAAAACACCCGGUAUAAUUUUAGUGCAUACUUCAGUAUAUGUACCCUGGUGCCAAACCCAAAGUAAUAUGGCUAUGCAUACAAAAGCGUUUUCAUGCAACUGCCAACAAUGUACUGUUGUGUAUUGAAUCGGAUAUAUGUGAAAUAACACUGAGCUUUGGCCCUAUGUUUCAAAUGUUAUUAAGCAGGUCUUGUUUUUAAUGAACUGAUCAAUUGUCCAACAUAACUGAAUAUAAACAGCAAGUUCUGCAAAAGCAACGCCAAGCAAACCUUUUUAUAUUUAGAUUAUUUUAACCAAAACAGGUAUUUUAAAUAACAUUUUGUUACAUAUCAAGAUAGGAAAAAAAGAGUUAUACUUGCCAAGUGCCAAAUAAUUACAUUUUUCUAUUGAAGGGGAAAAAAAUCUCUAUUUGCUGAGGUAUGAAGUGUUAAUAAUGGGUCAGAUAUUCAAAUGUGUUGCAAGUUUUGCCUGGGGCAGUUGCUGGGAUUGUUUGUGACACCCUUUCCCUGUCGAAUAAUUAGCUCUGAAGCAGGUCCACCACCAGUGGAUCUGGCAGAUUUUUCAAUCGGAGAAUUUUUAUCUAACUCAAAUUUCAAAUCAUAACUUUUUUUUUUAAAAUAUCAACUAUAUCCAGUGGAACAGUUGAAACAGCAUUACGUUAUCUGGGGAGUGGGUGAAAACCAGUCGAAGUCAAAACUGCCUGGACGGGGCACACCACCUUGAAAACUAUAUCACACGAUUACUCGGUCUUAAGCAUUUUAUCAUUAUAUUACUUUAUACUUCUUUAUAAUAGUGUAGUAUAAUUAGACGUUUCUCAUUGGAUUAGCGCCCGGUCCGGACAGGUUUGUCUUGACCCGGGAUUAUUUUGAUUGAUAAAAAUAUGAAAAGGAUCAUUAUUUUUAAUAUAUAGACCGUAGUGAUGGAGUUAUCGAGUGUAAUAGUAUUUAAGACGUUGAACAUUGUUUUAGUGUCCUGUCCGGGCAGUUUUGUCUUGGUCUGGAAGGAUUUAAGUAUACAGUAGUCACCGGCUAAGAGAACACCCCUCGGUAAGCAAGCGAAGUGUUCUCUAAGACGGAGUUAGCCACCAGACACAAUAUCAAUCAAUCAAUCAAUCAAUCAAUCAAUCAAUAAAUAAAUACAUACAUACAUAUUACUUGUCAUGAUGCACGUGCAUCCACAUAUUAAAUGAAAAGCAAAACAAUAGGCAACUGUAUGCUAAUAAACUAUAAUAAUAAAGUUUUAAAAAAUUAAGACAAACUAACGUUAAUAAAACUAAAGCAAAACAACACGGUCAAAAACACCAAAUUGCUCAGCGACUUGUGUCUGAUUCAGAAUUUUUUUAUUUUUUUUUUCCAAGAGUACUAACAAUUUUCAACUUUGUGUAGCAAGAGAAACAGCGGCACAUUUUGCCGUUUGUUUACAUGCCAUUUUGUAGCUGACGGCGGUUCUGUAAAGAUUUAAUAAACCAAUCAGUGUCCCUCAAGACACUCUGGCGAAGGCAAGUUGCUUUUUUACAAAACAGUACUGUAUCCAUGGUGAACGAAUCGCUAUUGGUGCCAUCCGAGCAUUUACAAUGGGAAAAAUCAUUUUCACCGCAGGGGUGUUCCCUUAGGCAAAGUGUUCGCUUAGGAGGUAUUCCUAUACGCGGAGACUACUGUAUAAUAUAUAUAUAUAUAUAUAU